CGCUGACACCGCGCAUGCUCCAUAUGUCUCCUUCAUUGUGCCCUGUCCCCUUUAUAGACAGUGCUAAGCUAGGCUAGCUGUCAAUCCACGGAGCAGCGUCACGCCAGGGACACUCCAGCCUCAGCGGACUCCCCUCGCGAACACCUUUGCACUGCACAAUGGCUGUCCCUCCUUCAUACUCAGACCUGGGCAAGGCCGCCAAGGAUAUAUUCAGCAAGGGCUAUGGCUUUGGUGUCGUGAAGCUGGACCUCAAGACCAAAUCGCAAAGUGGAGUGAUGGAGUUCAACACGUCCGGCUCCAGUAACACAGACACAGGGAAGGCCUCAGGGGGCCUGGAGACCAAGUACAAGAUGAAGGAGCUGGGUCUGAGCUUCAACCAGAAGUGGAACACAGAUAACACUCUGGCUACUGAAGUCACUGUGGAGGACCAGCUGGCUCAAGGACUGAAGGUUGCCUUGGACACGUCUUUUGUACCAAACACAGGUAAGAAAAGCGGGAAGCUGAAGACGGGCUACAAGCGCGACUACGUGAACCUGGGCUGUGACGUUGACUUCGAGGGUCCCAUCAUCCACGCCGCUGCUGUGCUGGGCUAUGAGGGCUGGCUGGCCGGCUACCAGAUGGCCUUCGACACGGCCAAGUCCAAACUGGCCCAGAACAACUUCGCCCUCGGAUACAGGGCUGGAGACUUCCAGCUGCACACCAACGUUAAUGAUGGGACGGAGUUUGGCGGCUCCAUCUACCAGAAGGUGAACGACGAGCUGGAGACAGCGGUCACUCUGGCCUGGACCGCCGGCAGCAACAACACUCGCUUCGGCAUCGCUGCUAAAUACAAGCUGGAUAAGGACGCCUCUCUGUCCGCCAAAGUGAACAAUGCCAGUCUGAUCGGAGUGGGCUACACCCAGAGCCUUCGGCCAGGUGUGAAGGUCACCCUCUCAGCCCUGAUCGACGGCAAGAACUUCAACGCCGGUGGACACAAGGUUGGCAUGGGCUUCGAGCUGGAGGCGUGAAGCGGAGAACUCAGACCCACCAACAAAGAAAAAUAAGCCCAGGAUCACAUGACCACACACACUCCUGUGCCCUCCCCUCCCCUCGCACACACGUCACUGCCCCAGUCCACCACCACCAUGUAGCUCCUCCUCUCUGGACUCUCCCUCACACCGUUUCCCUUUCCUCCCAUUUCAUGAGCAUUUCUGACAGUAAUAGUCAAGUCUCAGCAUCCUGCUUAAACACCCCUGAGAAGAGUCGUGAGCUCGAUCCUGAAACCGACGGUGCAUCGUCCUGGAUUAUUACUGUUUUUAUGGUUAUAGAAGUGGCAUUAUUUAUUUCCCUGUAGGUCUUGGAUGAAGUAGUCGUUGGUGUAAAUGUGUAGCUCAUUAAAGCUUCUGUAUUCCGUUGUUCCUGCCUUCCUUAGAAGAAAAAAAAAAAAAAAAAAAA